GCAGGUAGAUGGCAUUUAUCCUGGUCACCACACUGAUGCAGGUGAUGGUGAGCCUUACCCCAGUAACAGCUUCCACCACAAUGACGGAAAUGUUUCAACAUUCUGGAGCCUGUAACACUCAGCACGGAAAAGAGGAGGAUGAUCCAGAUUACUACACCACCAACUCCAACAUAACGCACCUCCCUUCCGCUUCCGGAUUCAUGGGAACACACGGCACGUACCGUCACUUGACAGUCCAUGAGCAGACAGCGGUGCUGAUUGGGGAAGGUAAACAUGGCAUGUGGAGAAUUCAAGGUGCUGGAUUCAUCAGAGUUUACCGAACACAGGAAGAGGAGGGGAUAAAGCAAGAGGAUAAAGAUAAUGCUCUGGAUGGAGACGACGAAGAACUAAACAACAUCCUUGUGAAGCAUUACACUCACCAGGAUGGAAGCGAGAACAGAGAUCAUAAACACAGCUUCGGUGAAGAAAUUUCUAAGGACGGAUUCCUCAACUGGCUAGAUCUGACAAUUUACCAUCCCAAGUUCGGAGGAAAAUACAAAGACCAUCCUGUGAUGGACUUACCCUGGUACUAUUGCGGGUUGUCUGGUGCCGAUUACCCUCACAUGGGUAACGUUUGGAAGUAUGUCAAAGCUCAAAAGAAUGCCAACAGAGUGGGUCCUUUAGGAAAACGAGCUGGAAUGGACGUUAACGAAAACUUCAACGCUAUCCUCCGAAUGGAAAUGUUUGGCGGUGGAGGAGUUUAUACCAAUGUCGGUCAAGGAAAUCCUCAAACAGACUUGAUGCAGAAAACGUUGGAAGAGCUGAAAAGCCGCGCGCAAACCGUUCACUAUAAACGCAUAGAUGAUUCCAGAAUAGACACAGAAUUCUAUAUCCUUGAAAGAGGAUACCACAAUUACCCCGAAUCCUAUCUCAUUAUAGGAAUGGUGAUGGAUUCCAAGGUUAAUCCAGCUGACUAUUCCUACGUGCGUCCAGCUGGAAGGUAUUAUGAUGGGAUAUACGAUCAAUUCAAGGAAGCUGAUAUUUUGAAUACUGAACCUAACUUUGCUCCGCCUGUGUACGUUAAAGACGGAGGAGGCGCGGAAAAGAUUUACGGAAUGGCGAUAUUCGGUCACAACCACCCCACUCGACAGAAGUACGGUCUCAAUGGGGGUGCUUGUCCUACAAAAGGCGGUGAUUGCUCCACCUACCCGUGGGGAAACUCCGGAGCUGGCUGGCCAACAGACUACGAAGAAAUCACUCCAAUCUGUGACGGUAUUGUCCUCGACAUUAAACUCUGGGCGGACCUGGAAAAAUCUUGGGAGAGCGAGACCAUUGGACUGGGCAAUUCCGGAUACGGGACUCAAGAGGUUGAGUACUCUGCUCAUGUUAAUCACUAUGGGAAGUUCCAAGACCCGUGGCUUGUUGAUCAGGGAAUACAAAAUCCGCAAGAGGUGGACUUCACAGAAGAUGGUAACAUCGUACAAAAGGCACCCGACAAUGUCGAUGACAUUCCCGUAGUUGCCUUCACCAUAGAUUUUGGUCAGAAAGGUGACCAAUUGGAAUUCGAAGAAGUGAACCUGGAUCCUCUGCUCAAAGGUUGUACUGCUGAAGAGAAAGAGAAAGAGAAACUCAAACAGUGCUCGGGACUACCAGUACAGUGGGAACAUGUGACUACCUACCCUUCCAGCUUUCCUGUACCACUAGGAGAGGUGAUGACAGUGAACUGUUGGGGUACUAAUUUCAAUUUCACAGGGGACUCGAAGAUAACGUGCAAAGGUGGUACUGAUUUCGAGUUUAAAAAACAACCAAAGUGUGAAGCAGUGCCGCACUGCGAAGAAGACAAAGUGAGAGACGAGCUGAAGGAAGUCCAAGAAGAAAUGGAAAAGCUCAUAGAACAGCUGGAGCAAUCUACAUGUCCGAGUGAUAGCACCUGGAGGGUACCAAGUGACGUCACUGGGAAGAAGAUCACUCGAAAUUUGCUGAAGACAUUGAAGGAGGCUGGAGAUAAUGACAGCUUAAAGUAUCUAAGGUCAUGGAAGGGUGUGAAGAUGACGAAUAGUCUCGCAAGAUACAUUGAAUGUUUCCAGACCACUGCAGCUUAGUUGAACUGUGGAAUGAGCUCGCUAAUCAGGGCUAUUUUUCUCAGUUUAAGUGGGACAAUUUGUUUGGGAUUUUAUGAUUAUGACACUUAAAAACUUAGUACCACUUGAUGAAUCAGACACCUGUUUUGGCAAUUGUAUAGACUGAAAAAUCAAAAAAAAUAGUCAAUCAAGGUGGUGUUGUGUUUGUCUAAAACAUCAGUUUCAGAUAAUUCAUUAAUUCAUAUAGGGAAACUUUUUUCAAAUCCCUUGUAGCCUUGUGUUAACAGUACUGUACCAAAAAAUUUUUUGUAUGCUUGAAAAAAAUAUCUUUAUUUUAUCA